AUGACAAAACGAGUAUCAAGAACAUUAUCAGAUGAACCUGAACGAAUUACUAAGCGUGCUCGUUACCUUAGUACUUCUUCAUUACCAUUAACAUAUGAUGAAGAAAGAAUUCCUAAUGUAUCUUUUAUUUCAACAAACAGUCAAAAUGAACAUGAUAAUAAUGGUGAUAUUAUUGAAAUUACGAACAGUCCAUGUCAACAAAUUGAUAAUACAACGAUUAUAGAUUUAGAUGAUGAACAAAGUAUUGAUAUUAUGAUCAAUAGCCCUCCAUCCACACCUCUUAGUAGUACUUAUAUUGAAAUUAUUGAUGAUGAUGAAGAAGAAGAAGAAGAAGAAAUUAUUGAUUUAACAGAAGAUGAACCAAACUCUUCGGAUUGUUUAUCAGAUCAAUGUGAACAUAUAUCUUCUUUUGAUGAUGAUGAAUUAUGUCCUGUAUGUUUAGAAACAUUUUCUGAUUUACAAUAUACAGGAAUUUAUUUAUUAAUUACUCAAUGUCAUCAUGUCAUGUGUAUAUUAUGCAGUCGUCAAAUAUUAGCAAACUCAUCUCAAUGUCCAUUAUGUCGAGAAAAUAUUAGUACAACCACACUUAAACCAUAUUGUAUACUGACUUAA